AUGCUUGACUUCACCGUCCACCUGGUGGCCUUGAGAAUCACUAUCUCCUGCGUGGGAUUCGUGGGCAACAUAUUUCUCAUCCUUUCCAUCACUCAGACCAAGUUUUCCAGGGUAAAAUCGUUUGAGCUGUUUCUCCUGGGACUGGCUACUGCUAACUUGGAAGAAAUUAUCAUCAUCAACGUGUACGAUUUUUUGAUCCUUCAGCUUUCAGCCAGAACCGACCCUUGGUCGUGUCGCUUUUUGCAGUUCAUGACCGUCUUUGGUGAAAUUUGCAGCAUCCUCUUCACUGUCCUCAUCAGCGUCUUUCGCUACCAAAAGCUGAGGGACGCCAGCAAGAGGGUGAACCUUUCGAUUUACCUGGACAGCGUCAGAUCGGCCUGGAUGAUGAGCGGCGUGUGCGUGGCGCUCUCGGCGCUGCUCAGCCUCCCUAUUUUUGUCAUUGACCUUCAAGGCUCUGCGGAGAAUGUCACAAGAAACAACAGCAGCAGCUGCCCGCCCGACUUCUUUCACUGUGGCAAAAAAGACUGUCCGACACUGAACCGCGUCUACAAGUACGUGUUCCUCAUGGUGUGCCACAUGCUGCCGCUGAUCAUCGUCACGGCGAGCAGCUGCCUCAUCCUCACAGUGCUGCUGAGCCAGAGGAAGACGGUGACACCGGUGGUCAGUGUGAGUGGAUCAAGCCAGUUCUGCAGGAGGAGCAAAGAUCUGAGGCUCCAGCGGAGCACCGUCGCCAUCCUGGCAGCUAUGGGAUUGUUCCAGGUCGACUGGACUCUCUAUUUGAUCUUCCAGCUGACUUUCAGUGCAACGGACGCUCCACUCUGGGCAGAAGUUGAGUUUUUCAUCUCAAUUUCCUACACAUCCCUGAGUCCAUAUGUUUACGGAAUAGGGAGUAACCUGUUCACCGUCAAUACCUUUAAGAAGAAGUGA